CCACUGCAGAACUGCCGUUGUGACCUCACGUGCCCGUCUCCAUGGACGCGGCUCCCUAACACUGCCAGUCUGGCCAGCAGCCAACUGGAAGCCAGGGAAGCAGCUGGAAAACCUCAGAAGAGGGAAGUUUUCCAGAGAUUGACUGAGAUAUGGCAUCCAAACCUAAGGGGAAAGAAGACCCCAUGGCUGCUGGGAAAACCAAGGAAGGAAUGAGGAGCAAGGAUGGAGAGACAUCCACAGAAAUAAGUGACGUGGAAAACCUCCUCCGGGAGAGGAAACUGUUCCUGCAGGAGGAAUGCGGGAUCCUCACGGAACACCUGGACACCUACCUGGGCAGGACAGAGCAGCUCCUGCGGGAAAGCAAAUCCCUGGAAGAGGCGGCCCAGGGCACUCGGGAUCAGAGCCAGACUUUCCUGUCGUGCGGAGCAAAGCUGGGCCGGGAGCGCCGGGAUCUGCUCCUCACCCUGAACGAGCGGAAUUGCCGGGAUCUGGCCCAAAGCCGGGCGCAGAGGGAGCGGCUGAUCCCGCAGUACGCCGGGAAGGAGCAGGAGCUGACGAGCUCCCUGAGGGACACGGAGGCCGAGGCCUCUCUCCUGGACACGGAGCUGGAGGAGCUGGAGCCGUACAAGGAGGUGUUGGCCCAGUCGGAGCAGAGGGUGAAGGAGCUGGAGCAGGAAUUGCUGGGGACCAGGAUCCGGUGUGCCGAGGAAACCCGCAACGUCAAGAGCAGGUUCCUGCAGGAAAAGGCCGCCUGCGAGCGGGAACUGCAGCGCAGGAUGCAGCGGCUCACCUGGAGAGCCGAGGAGGUGGCGCUGCGGGCUCUGAUCCAGCACGUGGAGCAGGUGAAGGCGGAGAACAGGCGCCUGCGCCGGGAGCUGCUCGGCCUCAUCCAACACUCCCAGGUCCUCAGGGACGCCCAAAUGCAGCUGCGGGAUCAGCAGGAGCAGCUGCUCCGGGAGAACCAGUGUGCCCAGCGGGUGGCACUGGGGACACCGGCGCGGAGCCCCCGGCGCCGCCGGGACAACCCGCUGUGCCCUCCUGGGCAGGGGUGGCCACGGACCCCGAACCGCCCGAGCCGCAGAAAAUAAACACGGCAGCAACCAAAGCCUUUCGGCAGUGGAAGCAUGGAAGGGUUUGAGCCCUGAUCACAA